UCCUUAAUUGAGUAUGAGGAGGAGACAUCACUGGUACGCAACUGAUUUCGAGGGUAACUGAGCCUUGUGUGUUUUUGCCAUCGGGUGAUCGUAACCAAUUUAUUAGGGACUCCAGGUCUCUGCACUUUUCCAGGGUUUUUGCUUCGCGCUUAUCAGACGCAUCAAACGAAGACAUGGCGGAUUGGAAAAUGCCAUUGAGUUACAAUUUCAACCCGUCUUAUCACGCUUAUGCGUACGGACUCGUGUACCCGCAAGCGUCUGAGCACGGCCACCCGAAUCUGAGCUGGGCAGAGGCCGCUUAUACUCACACCGGUGGGGUCACCGGGAGUUUUUACUCCACUCAAACAGCACAGCAAUCGCCACCCUGGAGCCCAGAAAACGCCAAUAACUACGGGCACUUCCCGGGCAACACGCAGAACGGACGACUCAUCGCGUAUAAUAAGACCGAGCUUGACUCCAAAGCCAAGGAUGCGGAGCAGGCCGAGAGCGAUACACCCAGCGAUUCAGAGGCCCAUACGCCAGAUUCUUGGAGCUCCGGAAGCAGUCGAGAGGGGGCUGCGCUGACCAAUCUGAACCUCCCUUCCUGGAAAGACCGGGACUAUGAAUCUGACAGUGGCAGUCCUGACGGCAGCGAGCUCUUCUCAAACGCUCUCUCCGUGGCGACCGAAGAACCAGUGGGUCUGAACCUGGGGGCGGGUGGCUUGCCCCCAGUGCCUCCACCAGCUACACCUCCGGGACGACCAGCGGCCCAGCCCCGCAAGACCCGGGCCGCUUUCUCAGAGGUGCAGAUGAAUGCUCUCAUCCACAGGUUCAAUGUCCAGAGGUAUCUCACACCCGCGGAGAUGAAAACUCUUGCGGGGACAACAGGGCUAACAUACAAACAGGUGAAAACUUGGUUUCAGAAUCGCAGGAUGAAGCUCAAAAGGCAUCAGAGAGAUAGCAGUUGGAUGACUGAGAGAUACGUUAUCAAUGGUGCUUCUAACACGCCAGCACCAUCAUCUCAGUCCCAGGGUGAUAACCCCGUACCAAACCAAGACCCCUACAGUAAUCCUCAACUGAGAGAGUCUAUAUUCAAGAGGAGUCCUCCACAAACUCCAUUCUACCCCAGCUAUCCAAAGCCACGUUCUCCUCCUCAGGCCACUGCGAUACCCCCAGGAAACUGGCCUCUGCCCCCAGCUGUGAUGCACUACGAGUUCCCCAACCCUACUGGCUACAUACAGGCCCGUGUCAAUGCCAGCGUCAACCUCAGCAUUCAUGCCAACGUCAGUGGUGAUGUCGGCGAAACUGAGGGCAAAGGUAGCAGUCCUACUCGAAUGCCAUCCAUGCCUAGUGCCACCCAGUGGUCAACAUAAGGAAUGACUUUGCCUGAUGGUCCGGCUGCUUGUAUAUAUAUUUUAGUCUGAGCCACACAGCCUUUGGUGUCGACCAUACUUGUAAAUAUUUUUUUGCGCAAACUGUUGCCUGUACGGUUUUUAUUUAGCAGCGAUGUUGUUAAGUGGUGGUCUCAGGGUUUUUUUUGAUACCGUUUAAAGUCGCCUUUUAAUCCCAUCAUGUUUUAUACCGAAGAUCUAUUUUUAUAACUUCAUUGUACCUUUUCAGAGUAUUUAAUAUCUCUUCCUUGCUCUUCCAGGUGCGUCGUAGUUUUUUCUUUUUUUUUUUAGUUUGGCCAGGACAAGAUGUUAAAAGUUCCAUGAAUUUGUAUGCAAGGCACUGCUGCAUGUCUAACUGGAGGUUGUCUGUACCGCACCGUUUGUUCUUUAUUUCACGCUUCAUGUAUGUGGAUCCAUUACAUUUGUGUAUUUGAUUAUGAAAUGCUUGCUCACCUAAACCUGGUUUAAGCCUAAUAGAGCGAUCAAGUUGUAUUUGCCACCCUUGGCUUGUGCUUGCACAAGUACUCUUGACCACACACAAAAAAACUCUUGUUCAGUGUUGA